AUCGUUAAACUUGCUUAGCCAACGUUUGAACACCUCUCAUGUCACCUGACGAUCUAUGGAAACGUUAACUGGUGAUAUCCGUUACAGACUACCUGGCAGCUCUCAUACCACACCCGUUAUCUGCGUUUAGAGCAAUUAUACUCGCAUCUAUUUAAUUCUAAACCGACUUCGAUGCUUUAAAGGUGAUCUUGGUACUUCCGCCAUCCGCCUCAACCAGCCUCGAUGGAAUCAAGCGAAAGGCUGGCAAGCUUCCCUCCAAAGGCAUAUGGCAAAUUGCAGACACCUCACAAGUUCUUCAAAGUAGGAAGGGUCUUCCAAAGUGACGACGAAUUGAUUUACGUUGUAGCCCGCGAAGGAUAUAGCUCUUCGACUUGCUGUGAGCUACAAUAUGUAGGACAAAGCAGCAACAUCGACUGCAGUUUGCCAAACAUUGCCGCCCUUUGUCUUCUAGACUGUCCAAUUAAGAGCCCUAGCGACAACCAAUAUCAACUUAUAUUAGAAUGCCCCCGCGACGAGGUUUUGCCGAUAUAUCACUUUGACUGUUCGAAAUGGCUUGUACUCAACCACCAAAUCGAAGUUUACAAAAUUGGCCGGGUUGAUAGAAAGUCCAUCAAGAGGCUAGAGGCGAUGUUUGCAGCUUUCAGCACUCCUUCUGAGACCAUUACUAGCACUACGGUGGGGAGCACUGAGCUGAAGAGCACUAGGAUGGAGAGAACUGAAAUAGAGAUAACUGAGAUGAAGAGAACUGAGAUGGAGAGAAAUGAGGUGAAGAGAACCGAGAUGGAGAGCACCGCGAUGGAGAGAACGGAGAUGGAGAAACCUGGAGUGGAGAGCACCGAGAUUGAGGCAUCUACUUUAAAAGCGGCUGCAUUAUUCUCUGCAGCAUCAUAUGCCAACAAAACUAGCAGCCCUGCAGAAACCAGCUACGAUAUGACAAGUAUCAGCAAGCGCCGCUCGAACAACACUGUUUCAACUGAUUGGAGUGGUUGGGAAUAUAAUAAGGAUAUGGGGUAUGUCGCCUCUAGAAUUAACAAAUCUGGAAAAGAGGAUCCUCAAUAUUCUGGUAUAAGUUCACCGCCUCGCAUGCAGACGCCACCGAUGGAAAGCCUAUGGAAAGAUCUCCGUGUCGCUCUCCCACUCUAUGAGAAUAAGGUGAAAGGAGAAGAAGAAAUAUCUCAAGAGGAAGGUAUCAAGUUAGCCCCGGGCUCCCACACAGAGGUAUCCCAAGACCACACACCUUCUUACAACAGCUACAUGGCACAGUAUGCAGACCUAGCUUUCUCGCAUACUCCAAAACCAUCAAUUAGUGCGCAUAAAUACCAAGAACAAAUAGCUACAGGUCCUCAAAUACAGAUAAAUGCACUCCCGCGCCUAAAAUUGUGGGAAGAAUUCAAAGUACACCACUCUAAGCACUUCAAACCAGGUUAUGUCUUUAAAAUUGUGUGGUCUGAGCCUGAAGGAGAAACGAUAUCUCGUCAGAGGGAAUUAAUUAGCGGUUACUCGCGAAUGGCAGAAUCAAAAUAUGGCGAGUUGGUUUAUACGUCAAUUCGCCGGUUCAUUAUUAUGGCUUCGUAUGAGGGCCACAGCAUCUGCUUACCAAUUUACACCUAUGGAGGCCGGGGCACAGCGAAGUCUGGUGUUGUACCAGAUCAUCAUGCCAUAAUAUAUUCCAUGCGCCGGAGAACUUCGGAUCGCGACCCCCCGAGAAAAAGCAAUGGGGAGCAAGAGUUAGUGAAUGCACCAAUACGAAUUGAACCGAAAUCCCCGAGGGACGUUCUACAUGAAAUGUCGAGGCUUAAUUAUGCAAAGGCCUAUACGGUAGAGCAUAAUGUGAAGGUGGCCUUCAUUGGUCGUGUUCACGAAGACUCUAAACUCACAUUACAAAAAGAUUAUCUUAAGAUUCAGGGGACUCCCUUCAGUGAUAAUACGAGCGAGCCUAGUGGAUCCAAUUUAGAUCCCAAUGAUGGAGAUAAUGAAGCCUUAAACGGCGAUGAUGGAACGGUAUCGGAUAUCGACGUAGCGCGCGCCAAUGGAGCUCGAAGUGAAUCAAACGAGGAAGUUCCGGAGCCGGAGCUGCAGCCGGAGCCGCAACCGUGGUGAUAGUUUCCCCAAAAAAAUGGAGGUCACAGGACUUUGGGUAUUAAUCGAGCUUGCAUCAUAAACCCAUAGCACGAACUAUAUCAUAUUUCGAACAUUGUAUUCUGGCUUAACAGUCUACUCUAUCGCCGCUUUGCAUACGUCAAAGCAAGUAAUGUUCAUACGGACAGUCUAAUCAAAUUUUACUAACUCUCGUCCACAACUGUGGCUGUUCCUGAAGAGUUACCGCUAUUCGCGGAGUACGCCCGAAUCGCCUCCAAGACAGGUCGUCUCGUCGCAGGUGUAUCAAACACCUGCGCGUGAUCUAGAUCGUCGAACCAGAGGAUAUCAAUCCCCUUCCCUCGCCAAGGUCUAUGUUUCCACCCUUCAUGUAACAGCAAGCCCCCCUCCUCGCUCACAUCGGGCAUUAUCUCCACAUCUCUCUCGUCAUCCGCGUCUUCGCUUCCCUCUGCCAAAUAUCGGCCCACAGCCUCGG